CUGUGGCUUAACCUAAUAUAUGGAAAUUAAGGUAGAUUACUUUAGGAUUUGGCGCCAACAUUUAAAUCUCAUGAAUGUAUUUCUUUUCUUUAAAAAAAAAAAAAUCAGGAAUACUAAAAUUAUAAAAAUAAAUGCAAUUCAUUGGAUUCUAAUAGAAUAAGAUGACUCUAUGAUAUCUGGUCUGGUCUCUCCUUGGCGUUAUGGAAAUCUUUAUUUUGAGAUACCAAUUAAUUCACAUAAAUUUUAUCCGUAUCUCAGAGAUCUUACUAUUUUGGCUUCAAAAUCAUAACCCCAUGCAGUCUUCUUCCUCGUCAAUGAUCCCUCUAUACAUAAACAGACGCCCACCCCAAAACAACAUCAUAAAAAUAUGGCCCCAUUCUCUCUUUGUGUUCUUCUAUUUCUUUUUCUGCUGGACUCCUGCUACUGCUUCUGCCCCAAGUGCUUCAAUUUUUCAAAUACGCACUCUGAUUCUGAUUGGGAACCCGCAGGGGCCACGUGGUAUGGUAGUCCCACAGGUGCAGGAAGUACCGGUGGAGCUUGUGGGUAUGAAAAUGCUGUAGAGCAACCUCCAUUCUCUUCAAUGAUAUCAGCUGGAGGGCCUUCUCUGUAUAAAUCAGGCAAGGGAUGUGGAGUCUGUUAUCAGGUGAAAUGCACGUCUAAUUCAGCCUGCUCGGGGAAUCCAGUCACUGUUGUCAUUACAGAUAAGUGUCCAGGAGGACCUUGUACCUCAGAGUCUGUUCAUUUCGAUUUGAGUGGCACUGCUUUUGGAGCCAUGGCAGUUUCUGGCCAGGCUGAUCAACUCCGUAAUGCCGGAGUAUUGCAGAUUCAGUAUAGAAGGGUUCAGUGCGAAUAUCAUGGUAAGACUUUGGCCUUUCACGUCGAUUCCGGCGCUAACCCCUACUACUUUGCGACCGUAGUGGAGUACGAAGAGGGAGACGGUGACCUUGCUUCAGUUGAACUAAAACAGGCACCAGACGGCUCAGACUCUUGGAUUAAAAUGCAGCAAGCCUGGGGUGCAGUUUGGAAACUCAACUCAGGCUCCGCUCUGCGUGCCCCAUUUUCUCUCCGGCUAACCUCGCUCAUGUCUGGCAAGACCAUUGUAGCAAGUGACGUAAUUCCUGCUAGUUGGCAGCCGGGAAAAACAUACCUAUCUGUAGUCAAUUUCUAG